AUGGCCCCGCCUAAGAAAGGGAAGAAAGUGGUGAAUCAAGAAGAGCUGCGGCGAUUGAUGCGAGAGAAGCAGCGACAGUCGUCCGAAAAGAAGCGAGUGGAGUCUCCUUUUGCCAAAUACAACAGCCUCGGCCAUCUGAGCUGCGUCCUGUGCAAUAUACAAGUCAAGUCUGAUCUGCUUUGGACAACACAUGUGCUCGGUAAACAACAUAAAGAGAAGGUUGCAGAGGUGAAAGGGGGGAAAGAGUUGCCCCAGAGUCAAGCUGUGAAGAGGAAAACUGCGGAAGCGGACGAAGUUUGCUUUAAAAAGCCAAGACCGAUUCUAAACGCGAAUCAAUCCACGUCUGGAUUGCCUGCAGGCUUCUUCGAGAAAUCGGGCGCUCCCCCAAAAGCUGCCAACUUGUUAGCUGGAGCAUAUGACGAUGAUGAUGAAGACGAGGAAGAUGACGAGAAACCCAAACCCACAAAUGCAUCUACUGGUCAAAGUGGUAGCGCAGAGGCUUCUGGGAUCCCCGCUGAUUUCUUUGACAACUCGAUCCCCUCCGUCCCAGCAAUUUCUCACUCUGGAUCCAUCCAAAAAGCAGAGACUCCAGAGAAGGAAAAGCCAGAAAAGGAUAAAGCUGCAGAGGCUAUACCAGAGGGCUUCUUUGACGACCCAGUGACCGACGCCAAGGUGCGUAAUGUGGAAGCACCCAAGGAUCAAAUGGACAAGGAGUGGGAAGAGUUUCAAAAGGAAAUGCGACAGGUGAACACCAAAUCUGAGGCUAUAGUGGCGGAGGAGGAUGAAGAGGGACGCCUGGAGCGGCAAAUAGAUGAAAUUGAUGAACAGAUUGCGUGUUACAGGAGAGUGGAAUUGCUCAGGGACAAGCGUGAUUUGGCAAAAAGUAAAAUGCAGACUAAACACGUGGAGCAGAUGGAAACAGAUGUCAGUAUGGAGGAGGAGAUGGAGAUGGAGGAAGAGGAGGAUGAAGAUGAGCUGCUUGGAAUUCUAUCCCAGGACUGGAGGGCUAAAGGGGCACUGUCAUAA